AUGGACUUUGCAGCCUCCAAGAUGUCGUGCAACGCCACUGCAAGCGGCCGUGGUCCCGCCGAGGGAACCAAUGAAGCAAAGACAAGCGGAGCCGAACAGAUCACGGCCGAUGCGGCGCCCGCGCGGCGGCGACAGCGGUCUUCUUUCAGCCGGCCCCGGCGAAAGUCGCUGGCCAACCACAUCAUCGAUAGCGAGGAGAGCCUGCUGCUCAAGUUUGACUUGUUCUUGACCGAACUGGAGCGGCGGCUCGAAAGCCUCGAGAGCUAUGGCGAGGUCUCCAUCGACUCGAGCAUUGCCCGGGCGUAUGCCACACUGCAGGCUGUGCGUACGCGGUGCUCGCAAGCGUCCGAAGAGGUCAUUGGUGCCGGCCGACGGCGUCUGCAGAUCAUGGUCGAGACCAUCGAGACUCGGUACCAGGAGGCCCUGGUGGCGGCCGAGUCGCUCAACGAAAAGGCGCGGGUAAGCAUUGAGCUACUCGACGACAUGCUGUCGGACUUUGAGAACCACGCCCACAAGUUCCGCGAGCGGAGCAUCUCACACGCCACAGACGCAGCGGGUCUGUUUAUGGGCGAGAGCCGCCGGGUGAUGGACGAAGGCAUAGGGCGUGCACGUGAGGUGGUGGACGAGAGCUUUGAGCGUGCUAAGAAGGCGGCCGAGACACUCGAGGAGCACAUCCAGCGUGCGAUUACCAACUCACGGAAAAACGGCCUGCUGAGCUACGAGGAGCUGCCGGUGCCGUGGCGCAUCAACCCGCACAUCAUCCGCGGCUACCGCUUCAGCGAGACCAAGGCGGCAUGCUUCCGGUCCAUGUUCCGCCUGUCCAACGAACUGGUCAACAUCUGGUCGCACGGCUUGGGCAUCGUGGUGGUGCUGUCGAUUGCACUGUACUUUUACCCGACCAGCGUCAACUUCCACCUCAGCACCAAAACGGACGUGUUCAUUGCUGCCGUCUUCUUCUUCGCGGCGUGCCAAUGCCUGGUCUGCAGCACCAUCUGGCACACCAUGAACUCGAUUGCGGACGCCGACCUGAUCUCAUCGCUGGCGUGUGUCGAUUACACGGGCAUCUCGCUGCUGGUGGCGGCAUCCAUCAUGACGACCGAGUACACGGCCUUUUACUGCGAGCCGUUUAGCCGGUGGGUGUACAUUUCCAUGACAGCCGUGCUGGGCAUUGGCGGCGUGAUGCUGCCGUGGCACCCGUUCUUCAACCGCGCCGACAUGGCCUGGGCCCGCGUCGCGUUCUAUGUUGGUCUGGCCACGACGGGCUUUGUGCCGAUGGUGCAGAUCAUGACGACGCGCGGCAUGUCGUUUGUGUGGGAGUUUUACCUGCCCAUUACCAAGUCGCUGUUGGUGUACCUGACGGGCGCCAUGGUGUAUGCGAGCAAGGUGCCGGAGCGGUGGCGGCCGGGCAUGUUUGACUACAUUGGCGGCAGCCACAACCUGUGGCACCUGGCCGUGCUGGGCGGCAUCCUGUUCCACUACUCGGCGAUGCAGGAGUUCUUCUCCAACGCCUUCCGCCAGGCCGAAGACGGCUGCCCUGCCUACUAA